AUGCACCAAAUCGGUAGCCAUAAAUGGCUGUUAAUGUUAACCGUCCUUCUUAUUCAACACCACGAAGUUCAAAACGGGUUCGCUUGUUUGAGCAACCCAUGUGUUCACGGAGUUUGCUUAGACGAUUUAAAUUCUACGUAUUUUUGCUAUUGCAUAGACGGUUAUACGGGUAUUCAGUGUCAAACAAAUUGGAACGAAUGCUGGUCUUCGCCGUGUCGGAAUGGUGGAGUUUGCAUUGAUGGUAUUGCAAUGUUUAACUGUUCAUGUCCACCAGGAUAUUCAGGUAAACUCUGUGAAGACGACAUUAACGAAUGCGAAAGUAACCCUUGUCAAAAUAAUGGUACUUGCUUGGACGAACGAAAUGGUUAUACUUGCAACUGUCUUGCUGGCUAUUCGGGAACGUAUUGUGAAAUAGAUGUUGCAGUUUGUAACGCAACAGGAGAAACUCGUUGUGCAAAUGGAGGUGUAUGCGAAGAAGGUCCGGGAGAAACCUUCACCUGUAAAUGUCAAAAAGGUUGGGGUGGUUUUCUAUGCGAUUGGGAAAUAGACGAAUGUGUUUCUGCACCAUGUCAAAAUGGAGCAAUUUGCAUAGAUCUACAUGCCGAUUAUUCAUGUGCCUGUUUGUUUGGUUUUGCUGGCAGAAAUUGCGAGGAAACCAUGCAAAUUUGUGACGAAAGUCCGUGUAAAAAUGGCGCUUUAUGUAUUUAUGAAAACGAUCAACCUAUUUGUUAUUGCGUUCCUGAUUUUCAUGGAGACCUUUGCCAAUUUCAAUACGAUGAAUGCCAAUUAGGUCCGAGGUGCAUGAACGCCGGUAGUUGUAUCGAUGGUGUGGAUAAUUUCACAUGUUCCUGCCCUCCAAAUUUAACCGGAGUACUUUGUGAAUGUUUAAUAUUAUCCAACGGAAGUUUAGAUUGCGACUACGUCAGCCCAGAACCAAGUGCUUAUCCCACAACAACAACUUCUUAUUACAACUUAACGAUAUCGUCUACUAGUGUUACUAGUACUACAACUGAAGUGCCAAUUACCGAAACGACAAUUAUGACUGUUUUUCCAAAUACUUCUAUAGGUAUUGUUAGUACCUCAAGUACAAAUAUUCCUUCGUCUACUGCCACGGAUAAUGAGACUAAUUUAAGUACAACUUUUUCUUCGACAUACCCAAUAUCUACAACAGAUUUCUUCACUAGUACUACCGAAGUUAGUACUUUAAGUGCCGCCGUUACAUAUUUUACAGAAUUAACAACUAUAUACGAAAGUACUACAUCCUCGAGUAUUGAAUAUCCGGUAUAUUCCACGGAAUUUCAAUUUGAAACAUCAUCAUCAACUAUAUAUUCGAAUAUAACCUAUUCUAGUACCUUUCCAGCUGAAGUUAGUAGCGCCCCGAUGUUAUCAACUACAGAAUAUACUACUGAGCUUGACUCCGGUAGUACCUUAAGUACCACGCUCAAAUAUCAACCUAGUAAUAGAAGCAUAUCCGAAGAAACGACCACAUAUACAACCACAUUUCUUACUGCGGAACCUACUACAACAACAUUUCUCACUACUGAACCUAAUAUAAAAUUCGAAACGAGUACUGGUAUCACUACAAGCAGUACUGUUGCGAGUACUAUGUUAUCUAGUACCCAGGAAACUACUACUUUCGUUUCUAUAGAUUGUACGAAUAGUGAGACGAGAUGUUUGAACGGAGGUACCUGUAUUUACGUCGACGGAAAUUAUAAGUGCAUUUGCAACUUUGAUUACGAGGGAGAAUUCUGCGAAUCGAAAUUAGGAGUUAAAAGGGCAGCAUUUGGUGGAAACUCGUUUCUCUCUCAUCGACUCCACGUAACAUCUUACCAUAUAGUAAUCGAAUUUGAAGCGAAAACGAUGGCUAACGAUGGUAUCAUAUUUUUCGCUAACGUCAAUUCCCCACACAUGGUUUUAUAUAUGAAAAAUGGAUUUUUGAAAUUCAUUUUUUCCUGUGGGUACCAAACCAUGUUACUGAGCGAACUGAAAGUACCGGUGAAUAAUGGAUAUAAUAUGAAUAUUAAAGCUGGGCUAGAUUUCCGUGAAGAUUUGAAACAUUGUAAUGCAUCAAUAAAAAUUAAUGACAGUUUAUCGAUGACAGGUGAUCAAAUAGCUAAAAUAAUUGAUUUUCCGAAAGGUUCGGCUUGGCUACACGUUGGAGGUUUACCGCAAUAUUUGGCUAUGGAAAUUGGGCUUCCAGUGGGAGGCUUUGUUGGCUGUAUGGCUAAUUUAAAGAUUGGAAAUAGAACGGUGAAGAUCUACGAUGAUGCAGAAGACGGUUACGAAGUUACAGAAUGUUCUUCAUUGGCUUGCCUGUCGAACCCAUGUAGGAACGACGCGUUUUGCAGUUCAGUUGGCGAUGAAUGGCAGUGUCAUUGUAGGAACGGUUACUUAGGAAAAUCGUGUGAAGUAUCUAUUUGUGAUGAUAAUCCAUGUCUUUUUGGCGGUACUUGCAUUCCUUUCACGAAUAGUGGCUAUAUUUGUUUGUGUCCGUAUGGAAAACAUGGUCAUUUUUGUGAAAACGAUAUCAAGAUAACGCAGCCAUAUUUCUCGUCGUCUGUCCACGGUUUAUCGUCUUUCGUAGCUUAUCCAUUUCCGGAUGGUAUAUCAAAGACAAUGGAAAUUAAAUUUCGAUUUGCUCCAACAACCAUGGAACAGAUUUCCAUACUAUUAUUUAUAGGACAGGCCGGGCACCAUGAUUUUUAUUCGGACCAUAUCGCAGUGAGUUUCGUUAGAGGUUAUAUUAUGCUCACAUGGAAUUUGGGAUCUGGUCCCAGGAGAAUUUUUACGUCACAGUCGAUAAAACCAGGAGCUACUGAUUAUCUAGUGAAAUUGGGUCAUACUGGUCGGAGGGCAUGGUUAUAUGUAGAGCAUUUGGGAAAUGUUACGGGAAGAUCACCUGGAAAUUUGGUACAACUAGAUGUAGUACCACUUCUUUACGUAGGAGGAUUUGAUGUGAGAAAUUUUUCUACGCUUCCUCACGACCUACCAUUACAUACGGGUUUCUCCGGAUGUAUUUACGACAUUGAAAUGAAAUCCGGGAGUGUAGUUAUACCGUUCCAGGGUUCCAUGAAGGCAUUUGGCAGGGCAGUCGGUCAAUGUGGUACUAGUGAAUGUCACGAGAGAAGUUGCCAAAACGGUGGAGCAUGCCUACAUCACGGAAGUACUUUUAUGUGUUUGUGUCAAGAUGAGUGGUUCGGACCAUUAUGUUCAUCUAGAUUCAAUCUGUGCGAUGGUAAUAUUACAAAAUGCUCGGAGAAUUCUAGGUGUGUACCUUUAUUGUCACAUUCUGAAUGUGAUUGUCCCUUUGGCAGAGUUGGAACAACCUGUGAAAAAAUUGAAAAUAUAACUGAUGUGAGUCUAACUGGAAUUAGGUCUUUCAUCAAGCUUAAUCCGAUGGAAAUUGAAGGCAAUAAGUUUCAUAUUGAAUUCGAGAUUAGGAUUCUAAAAGACCACGGGAUUGUUAUCUUUAUGGGAACGAAGGAUGUCAGAUUUAUUUGUUUAUCUUUGCAAAAUGGUUUACUAGAAUUUAAAAUACAAACAGGUAGUAGUAAGAUUAGCUCAACAGGCAUUGUUAUACGCAGUUCGAUACUUCUUAUAAAAGGAGUAUGGCACAAAAUACAAUUUGGAAGAUUCGGCAAAAAAGUAUAUUUAUCAGUAGAUAAAACCGUCAACACUGGCGUUCUAGAUACCAUCUAUACCCCAAAUUUCAAUAAAGAAACCAUAUACAUAGGCGGUUUACCAGAUAUGUCACAUUUACCACUGUUCGCUGCAUCCGGCGUACCAGUACAUUUCAAAGGAUGCAUUCGACAUCUUUCCAUUGAUACCACAGCAGUACCAUUAACCGCCGAUAACGUUCGCCAAUCGAGAAAUUUGAUAGAUUGCGAUGGAACACCUUGUGGCGGCGAAGCUUGUUACAACGGCGGUACUUGUUGGUUAGAUUCUUUCAUGAAUCCGCAUUGCUCUUGUCCGGUUCCUUAUUACGGAGAAAAAUGCGAAAAUGUGAAAGUGUGCAACGAGAGGACGUGCAAAAAUAGAGGAAUAUGUAUAAAUAACAGAUGUACUUGUCAAGUGGGUUGGUCUGGAGCGUUUUGCGAAUACGAAAUCGCAGUUAAUAACCCAAAAUUCAACGGACGCAGCUAUCUUAUAAUGAGAAAAGUUGGUGAUAGAAAAAGGGAGUUGAAAGAAGGCGUUCGAAGGAUAUUUUUGAAUUUUACAACUGUUAAUCCUAACGGUUUACUAUUUUGGAAUAAAAAGGGUGGCGAUCAUUUGGGUCUAGGCUUAGAAAAUGGUUUUUUGAAAGUUGUUAUCGCUUCUGAGAAAAUGAAACAAAACAUCCUCGAAGUUCCUUCUUAUACUAAAGUAACUGACGGUCUUUGGCAUAAACUCGAUCUAAAUAUCGAUCUUCUGAAUUUAACAAUCGACGACAAAGUAAUCGCAAUUCGGAAAGCACCUAGAUACUCCCAAUUUUAUCCAAGUGGAAAUUUUUUCAUCGGUGGAAUUCCGAAUGUCACUAAUUUGAUUACUGAAACCGACGGCGUUUUCACACAUAAUUUCGAGGGAUGUAUAGCUUCUUUUGGUACAAAUUUAGACGUUAUUACUGAUUUUAGUCAUAUGGAAGGUUUAAACAUCGAUACGUGUGAGGUUUUAGCACACUGA